AUGCUUUCCAUCAAAGGCAAGGACAGAGAAAAUAUUCAAGGUGAUGGAAGAGAUAAGAUGAAUAGGAAAGUGGAGCUUGAACGUUCUGUCAUGCCAUUGAUAAUCGUUAAUUCAAUUGUUUGUACCGGUCUAUUCGAAUAUUUCGUUGAUCGAACAAUUCGUACGAUUGGUUUUGCUUAUCUCAUUUGUUGUUUUUGUUUCUAUAAUUUCUUAUUUUUUACGUUGAGAAAUAUACUUGGAAAUUUUAUGUUAUGUCACGGAACAGAAUUGAUGAAAAUAAUUACCUUAUUGCAAUUGUUUUAUAAUCCUUUUAUCUAUAACAUAACAAUUUUAAACGGUUUUACGAGAAGACAGAGUAUAAAAUUGUUCAUAGAACAAAUAGAAUCCUGUACACGAGGAAUGGAUGAACUGAACAUUUCGGAAAAUUACUCUUCACUUUUUCGAUAUUUAUGUAUCGCAGAUGUAUUGUUAAUUUUUAUUAUACUAGGUUUAUGUGUGGCCGAAGUAUUUUGGUUUUCUGAGAUAAAAUUAUUAUCAAGCUUAGACUAUAGUUCGAUUUUACAGAUAUAUUAUGUCGACGCAAGUCAAGGUUUAAAUUUAUUACAAAAUAAUUUAGCUAUUACUAAACUAUAUCAAAUGACCAUAAGCAGAUAUAUAAAGAAUAAAUUUGGUGAAUUAAAUGCUGUACUUCAAAGUAUGCUGACAACAACUAUCGAUUCUCCACAACAUAAGAGAGUUCUUCGAAUGAAGGACAAUUGGGAAGAUGAUUCUUCGUUAUCUACUGUUUAUCGAACGUACAAAAUGAAUGAAAACCUUGUAAAAUUAAAAAGAAUCAAACAAAUUUAUUUGGAAUUGAUGAAAUGUGCCAGAAUCAUAAAUGAGGCUUAUGGAUUACAAAUUUUUGUAUCCACAUUUUCAUCCGCCGUAUUUAUAACGACUGUGUUAUACCAUCUAUACGUUAUCUUAAUGACAAACAAUUAUGACAGUUGGAUAAAUCAGUUAUAUGUGCAUUUGUUUUGGAUUUUUUGUUUUAGCAUCAUGAUUUUCGCGAAAACUAAUAUAUGUGAGACAACGAUUACAGAAAUUCGUGAUUUUAUGUUUCAAUUAAUCCACAAUCAUUUAAAUUUCACCGCUUGCGGAUUUUACGAUUUAAAUCAUACAUUUAUAUACGGCAUGAUUGGUUCGAUUACUACCUACCUUGUCAUAUUUAUUCAAGUUGGAGGUGAACCUAAAGUAUUCUAUAAUAAUACGACUUAUAAUUCAACGUUGACGAAAUAA